AGAAAAGUAACAGGAACCACAUGAUAAUGCGCUACUACAAUUCCAUGUCUAAAAUAUUAAUGGCAGUUGAUUGCUGAAUCGCUGUCAAGGGUUAAAAUUAUUCAUAUUUGCAAAAGAAAAUAAUAGGCUUAAUUUAUUCAUUACAUAAAAUAUCAAUCAUUAUAACUCUUUACACGUUGUCAUGCGAACAAACGAGCUUAAGUUUCGUGAUGGUUUACUACAACACUGGUUAUUUUCAAGUCAGACAUAAUUAAAGUAAUAACGUAAAUAUUUGAGUCAGAUUAAUUUUGUAAUCGCUAGUGUUUUUGAUUUACAUAAAAGUCUUUCGUUGGACUUCGGGACACUGCCUACCUCAAUAUGUAUUUCAGAUUUAGAUUUCUCACAAUAAAUAAUACAGAGAAAUGUAGUCACAGUCUGAUCAACGCCGCAGAUUACAGUUGUUUCAUAAAUCACGAUUGGAAUCAGCGUCGGUGAAAUGAAAACAAAGGGUGCCAUCUAGAGGAAAAUCUGUGACACAGCGCUGAACUAUAAUGUCAUAACUUUAGAGACUAAAUUUUUCGAGGAUCGAGAUUCGAGACUACACAAUCUGCUUAAAAUAUGAUGAGACACACGACAUUAAUUGCCGUGGAAAGUUUGAACAGAAUCAUUAGUGUUAUUGUUAUUAUUUUGGUUCAUUAAAACGAACUGUUCAAAAGAACCGACUCACAGAAAUGACUCGGACUUCCCCUCGUUACGAGUUUUAAAACACGGUAAUGACUUUAUCAGUUCAUUAGUUAAAAUUCGGAAUUUGUUGAAUCUCUGCCCAUAUAAGAGACCAUGUGUUAUUCACUUAUUAUUUUCUUGAAAUCUUGUUUCAUUGAAACGAACCGUUCGAAAGAACCGAUUCGCGGACACGAGUUGGACUUCCCAUCACUACAACUAAAGGAUGUAAGUGUUAAAACACGGUAAUUACAUUAAUGUUAGUUAAACGUAAUAUAAUCAGCUUCCAAAUUCGCUCACUUUCUGCCAAUAUUAUGGACCAUGUAUCAUUUACUAUGUACUAAAUAGUGAAAGAUUGAGCGCAUUUAAACGGCAGCAUCCCAGUUUAGAAAGGAAGUUGUCACGGUAACCCGGAUGUACACAAAACCACGUGUCGGUGCUUUGCACAUGUGAGAGGGAGCAAGAUUGUUUAUCCAACAUUACAAUCAUGUUUGCUGAAGAGGAAUGGACUGAUUCUCCAUCAGCAUAUGGAUCAUCUCACACUUUUAAAGUGUCUCCUGCCCCCAGCAAGGAUAAGGUUGUGGGUAAAAAAAGUCUUUUGAGAACCUUGCAAACGCUGGGGUCAGUUCCAAACUGGGAAAUUGAGAAAACUUUAGAGGAUAGCGACGAGGAGAAAGACACCUCUCCUGCAGUCCAGACAACGAAAAAGAAAAGGUGCAAAAAGCGUAAAAGAAAGUCUAAUGCUGAUGAUGAAGGGAAGCAUCAGGAUGAAGUGGAUUCAUCUGAAACACCCGCGAAGAAGAAGAAGAAGCCAACGAAGAAGACCGUGAAACAAACAAGUUCUAAGGUCUCACAAGAGUCCAGAAAAGAUAAGAAUGACAAAGGAGCCGGACCUCAGUUGGAGGAAAACGAAAGUCAAGCAGAGACAAAGCUAAGCAGAAAACAGUGGAGGAACAAGAUGAAGAACAAAAAACGGUGUAAGAACAAAUAUCUCACGAAAACCACAGGUGUCGAUGAUUCCAAAGCAAAGAAGGAACCCUUGGUUCAAACACAGGAUAUCAAAGAACCCAAGAAAGUGCAGAAACAAAAGUCCAAAAAAAUGAAAAAGUCACGUGAAAAGAAUGGAAUUUCCUCCAUCACGGACAAUGUUGAAAAUGGCAAAGACUUUAAAACAGAUGAAACUUCCAGAAUAGCAGAUCACUCUCUUAGCAAUAAUAACGUCUCACAUGAAGUGGGCAAAAAAGCAAAACCUUCUAAAAUGACAAAAAAAUCACAAUUACAGGAAGAGAAAUUGCGUCGUAUUUUAAAGUCGCAUCUUACUGAUGACAGUAAUAAAGCCACAGAAGAACCAGAAGAUACAAGAGUGAAUUCGAAGGGUGAUGAGCAAGUGGCUCCUGACCGCUCAACUGCUUUAAGGGCAAAGAUGGAGAAGCGGUUAGAAGCCGCUCGAUUCCGCUACAUCAAUGAGCUGCUUUACACCUCGACCAGUGGUGAGGCCAAACGCAUGUUUCAGCAGGACCCAGAGGCCAUCGCGGUUUACCACAAGGGCUACACGACACAAGUUCAACAUUGGCCCACAAACCCUGUGGAUUCAAUCAUUUCUUAUAUUUCUAAAAAACCACCUUCUUUAGUUGUUGCAGACUUAGGUUGUGGAGACUGUAAAAUUGCACGGAGUGUAAAGAAUAAAGUACACUCUUUUGAUUUGGCUCCGGUUUGUGAUCUUGCCACUGCAUGUGACAUGGCAAAAGUGCCUCUUCGUGAUUCUACAGUAGAUAUUGCUGUUUUCUGUCUUUCUUUGAUGGGGACGAAUCUAGGAGAGUUUUUGGCAGAAGCAAACAGAGUCCUGGUGAUGGGGGGUGUUCUUAAAAUUGCUGAAGUGGCCAGUAGAUUUGAAAACGUGCGUUCGUUCGUUGGUGCACUGUCAAGUCUGGGCUUCAAGAUAGUCAAUAAGGACACAGAAAACAGCCACUUCUACUCUUUUGAAUUCAUAAAGACAGGAAGAGCACCAAAGAAUGUGAAGAAAGCCGGACUUCAACUGAGACCUUGCCUGUACAAGAAACGAUAAAUGUACAUAAAGUAAAUAUUUUGCUUGGACUGUGUAUGAAAGUUUUAUCAGCAAUAAUUCAGUUUAACUCAAGGGUUUAAUCUCCUCUUAACAUUGUAUUUGUAAGUUUUGUAAAUCAAUGUAACAGGAACGUACAUUUUAUAAAAAAAAAAAAAGGGAGGGUUUAAUGUGAUAUUCAAAGAAUUUUGUCCUUUGUGAAAACUGUAUUUGUUUUUUGAUAUAUAUUUGCUUAUGAUUGGAUUAAGCAUUUACAUGAAAAACAAACUGACUCAAUACGUA